CUCAUAUGUAGUGAUGUGGUUACAGAUAACACCGCGGAGGCAGAGAAAUCAAAAGAGGAUGGACAAGAUGUUGUUAUGUUAUUGGUGAUGUAGAUUGAUUGCAUUCUUGAUCUUGUAGCGUCACUUUAACUAAAGGUAGCAUUGAGGAAUCACAAGAAUUCCGGGUUUGUUCAUCAUCAAAUCAAGUUCUGCCUUUGAAGCUGAUCUCAUGGACGAUAUAAAUGUUGGUUCAAGUAUUUAGUAAUAUUGAGGAAUAUGCUAAGAGUAUUGAUAAGAGUUGAAUAACUAGUUUGUUAGUGUUCAAUUAGUUAGUUAACUAGUUGUUAAUGUGGCUUGUUUAGUUUGUUAGCCAGCUGUCAUUUUGUUAUAGGUUCAUUUACAUUGUUAGUUAAUUAGUUAACUGUAUAUAUAUGUGAGUAUUAUACAUUGUAAUAGUUAGUUAAUACAUUGUAAAAGGCAUGAAGGAGAAAUUCUCUCCAUAACUUCUUCCUUCUUCUUCCUUCUUGUUCCUUCUUCUUUUUCUCCUUCCUUUUCUUCAAUCUUCCAUUGUCGAUUGUUUAAUAUCAACAAAUUGUCAUGGUAUCAGAGCUGGAGUAUAAUCUCUGAUAAAUUCUGGCUCAUUUGGAUCUCUGAAUCUGUAGAUUGGAAGAAAUAAAAUGACCAGUAAAAUCGAUCACACACACCCCCUGUAUUUGUCUUCUUCUGAUUUUACUGGAGCAGUUCAAAUUGGCAUUCAACUUGUAGGGAUGGAGAAUUAUACUUUGUGGAGCAGGGCAAUGGAAUUGACACUGCUAACAAAGAAUAAAUUGGGAUUUGUUGAUGGUAGCAUCAAACGUGAAGAUUACACCGUCGAUUCUGAGAAGAAGCAGUGGGAUUGAUGUAAUGCAAUGGUGCUUUCAUGGCUUAUGAACAAUGUGAGUAAGGAAUUGAUGAGUGGAAUUCUAUUUCGUUCUAAUGCAUCACUGGUAUGGAGUGAUCUGAAGGAACGAUUUGACAAGGUUAAUAUGUCUAGAAUAUUUCACUUACACAAAUCGAUUGUUACACACACUCAAGGUACUUCUCCAGUUUCAGUAUACUAUUCAAAGUUGAAAGAUUUGUGGGAUGAAUUUGAUUCAAAUGUCCCUCCUCCAUCUUGUAAUUGUGAAAGAUCUAAAGAAUAUGUUGAUAGCAUGCUUAGACAGAAGCUUCUGCAAUUUUUGAUGGGCUUGAAUGACAAUUAUAGUCAUGCUCUAAGUCAAAUUCUUAUGAUGAAUACACCUCCAACUGUUAAUCAAUGUUAUGCUAUGAUAAUUCAAGAUGAAAGUCAAAGAGAGUUAAGUGGAGAUCAAUACAAUUUAGGAGGGCAAAUGGAUCCUACAGCUUUGUUUACUAGUAGAUCUGGAGGAAACAAUUUUAAUGGUCAGAAUAAUCGAAGUGGUAAUGUGAAAAUUGAUAAGCAGAGAAGUGGAUACUUGUAUUGUGAUCACUGUGAUAUGAGAGGCCACAAUAGAGCUGAAUGUAGCAAACUGAAGUAUUGCACUCACUGUCACAAACAUGGACAUCUGAAGGAUUUUUGUUAUCAGUUAAUAGGCUAUCCUACCAACUAUAAAGGGAAGAGACAAGCAAAUAUUAUGACAACAGACUACAACUCUCAAUUUAACAAUUCAGGUAGCUCAACUGAUAGUAAUGUUGUAGAUCAGAUGCAGCAGUUUAAGGGGGGUGGUUCACAACAGAUGUUACAACAACAUGGAAUCAAUUCAGGUUCAGGUGGUUCAGGAACUGUUCUAGCUCAACAUUUUACACCUAAUCAAUAUCAACAAGUUCUGCAGAUGAUGAACAAGUCAUUGAUUCAUGAAGGGAAUACAGUAUCUACCAAUAGUAAUACCAAUGCAAUAGGUAUAUUUGCAGGACAUUCUCAGUUUACUCCUUCAACUUCUAGUAUUGAUUGGAUUGUUGAUAGUGGGGCAACUGAUCAUAUGGUGAGAACUAAAGAUCUACUAACUCAUGGAUCAACAGUGAAGAGUUCAGGACAUGUUCAACUUCCAAAUGGUGAUUCCACAAAAGUCACACAUUCAGGCUGCUCUCAAUUACAAGGAGGUGAAGUAGUUAAGAAUGUCUUAUAUGUGCCAGACCUUAAUUUUAAUCUUCUUUCAGUGGCUAAACUUACUAGGCAGUUGAAUUGUUGUGCAAUUUUCUAUCCUGAUUUCUUUAUUCUUCAGGAUCUCUUCACUGGGAAAGUGAAGGAGAUUGGUGAAGAAAAUGGUGGCCUAUACAUUUUAAAGUCACCUCAAUCGGUAAACAUUGGACAGCAUAAGAGUAUGGCUGUUGUGAAGAGUUCUGUUGAUGGUGAAGUUUGGCAUAACUAAGUCAUAUCCCUAUGAGUGUUAUCAGGAAGAUAGACAUGUUUGCUAAUAAGAAGGAUUUUCAGUUGACAUGUUGCAAUAUCUGUCCAUUAGCUAGACAAGUCAGACUACCAUUUCAUAAUAGCAGUACUAGAAGUCUACAAUGUUUUGAUCUAGUUCAUAUGGAUAUAUGGGGACCUUACAAUAUUACAACUCAUAAUAAAAUGAAGUUCUUUCUUACUUUGGUUGAUGAUUACUCUAGAUAGACAUGGAUAUAUCUCAUGCAUCUUAAGUCUGAUGUCUCUACCAUAUUGAAACAGUUUCUUGCUAUGGUUAAGACUCAAUUCAAUGUCCAAGUUAAAAUGUUUAGAUCAGAUAAUGGUGGAGAGUUCUUUAAUGCUCAGGUGAGUGAGUUGUUUAACUCUCAAGGUAUUAUACAUUAGAGUUCUUGUCCAUAUACACCCCAACAAAAUGGUGUAGUGGAAAGAAAACAUAGACAUAUAAUGGAGACAGCAAGGGCUAUUCGAUUUCAAGGCAAUAUCCCAAUCAAGUUUUGGGGAUAAUGUGCUUUA